AUGCUUCGAAUCCGACGAUACAGGGUGUUUCUAGUCUUUGCGGCGAUUGUCGUUUUUACGUUCUACAAUAUCUGGCAGACGCAACCGGAGGGGCAGGCGGCGACGAAGUCGUUCGGUACCUCGUCGUAUGGCGACGCUGGGAAAUCGUCGGAGCAGAAUGGGGACCGGAAUGGUGCGGAGGGAAGGGACCCUGUGAGGCCGGUGGUUGAUAUUCAGCGGAUUGCAUAUUCAGCGGAUGCGCUACCUGUUACUGCGGUUCAGCCAACUUCAGCGAAGCCAUUGCUGGCGGAGAAUACGCAGGUCGUUGCGAGUGGCGUGCCAAUCGUCGACCUUGAACCAACCUCGACGAAGGCGCCGCUGGCACAGAAUACUCCGGUCAUUGCAAAUGGCGACCCCGUUAUCGAACCAGAACCAAGCACCAGCGAAGCAUUGGCGGCUAUACAGACAGCACCCCCGACGCCAAUAACGCCCCCAACCCCCGCCGCUAUCACCUACGACGACACAGACGACGAGGACGGACAAAAGAAAACCAUACACUGGCAGAAGCCCACAGAGCACUACCCCAUCGCCCCAGAAGACCUGAUCCAUCUCCCCACCGGCACGCCCAAGAAGAUGCCACGGAUCCAGUUCGACUUCCCCGCCGAGUCCGCAGAGGCGAGAUCCCUGCGCGAGGAGCGGAGAGAUCUGGUCCGCGACGAGUUUCUGCACGCGUGGCAGGGUUAUAAGAAACAUGCGUGGGGACACGAUGAGGUUGGGCCUGUGAAUGGGGGGUUUCGUGACCCGUUUUGCGGGUGGGCGGCGACGAUAGUCGAUUCGUUGGAUACGCUCUGGAUCAUGGGGUUGAAGGACGAGUUUGAGGAGGCGCUUGAGACGGUUGAGAAGAUUGAUUUCACGACGUCGACUAAGACGUCUAUUCCCGUGUUCGAGACGACUAUUCGAUACCUGGGGGGGUUGUUAGCGGCGUAUGAUAUUAGUGAUGCGAAGUACCCCGUGCUUCUGACGAAGGCUACGGAGCUGGGAGAGAUCUUAAUGAGUACCUUCGAUACGCCAAACAGAAUGCCAGUGCUAUAUUAUGCGUGGCAGCCACACAGUGCUUCGGAACGCCACCGAGCGGCUGGGAAUUCCAAUUUCGCGGAACUGGGAUCCUUGACACUGGAAUUCACGCGUCUGGCGCAGCUCACAGGGGAGCACAAAUACUACGAUGCCGUCGCGCGCAUCACAAACGCACUCGUUGAGUGGCAAGAGCGCGGGACGGAGAUCAAGGGCAUCUUCCCCGACAGCGUCGAUGCCUCCGGCUGCAACGCGACUUUCGUACCACCGGCGGAAACGCCCGCUGCUAUCCCAUCCCAAAACGCAACAGAGAAACUAGUCCCCAGACGCACCUUCACCGAAGACGAACUCUGCCGCCCCCAAGGCCUCAUGCCGGGCCCAGCACGGCAAAGCUUCUCCAUGUGCGGCGGCCAAGACUCGACUUACGAGUACUUCUCGAAAAUGCACCUCCUCCUCGGCGGACUCGACAGCACCUAUCGCACGCUGUACACCAGCACCAUGGACGCGAUUCGCACGCACCUCCUCUACCGCCCCUUAAUCCCGGGGGGCCGCAAUGUGCUCUUCUCGGGGAAAGUGCAGAUUAACCCCUACCUCCCCGACGGCCGGAACCACGAGAUGAUCUACGAGGUCACGCACCUGACGUGCUUCAUCGGGGGAAUGGUGGGGAUGGGCGCUAAGCUUUUCGGGAUUGACAAUGAUCUGUCCAUCGCGGAACGCCUGGCUGAUGGGUGCGUGUGGGCGUAUGAGGCGACGAAGAGCGGGGUUAUGCCGGAGGAUGCUAGGGCGGUGCCGUGCGAGAAUCCGUUGGAGUGUGAGUGGGAUGAGGAGAGGUAUUAUAAGUACCUUGAUCCCCGCUGGUCGCUAAGGGAGGGGGAGAUUGAGGAGUAUGAGAAGGAGAAGGAGAGGAUGGAGAGGGUGAGGGUGGAGAUGGCAGAGAAGAAGGUGAAGGAGGAGAAGGAGGAGAAGGCGAGGCUGGAGGCAGAGGCGAAGGAGAAACCCCUUAUGGCGGAAGGGGAUGGGGAUGCGGUUGUCCCCCGCGCCAAUGAGACGACGACCAGCUAUAGUCUCGGUGGCAGCGCACCACCAGCUGCGAAUAUCAAUCGCAAGCGCGCUAUAUCGAGCAACAGCACCACCACUCACACAUCCGACGGCGCACUCCCGGAAAUCCCAUACGUCGCCCCCUCGAAAACAGCCACCGAAGGCGUCCCGGUGAACCCCCAUGAGCGUAGCCUACCGAAGGGGCGCGAGGAUCCGAAUAGACCGCUCAGUCAUGAGGAGUUUAUUUCUGAUCUGUUGGAGUGGAAUAAUUUGCCACUCGGGUUUGCGAAGGUGGAGAGUGAUCAGUAUAUCCUUCGCCCCGAAGCAAUAGAAUCCGUCUUCUACCUCCACCGCAUCACCGGCUCCCCCGCCUGGCCCACCAAGGGCUGGGGCAUGUUCGAAUCCAUCAUCAACAGCACGCGCACCUCCAUCGGGCACAGCGCCUUCAGCGGCGUGAAUCGCGAGAGGGGGAAAGGGUAUAAGCAGGAUUCUAUGGAGAGUUUUUGGUUGGCGGAGACGCUGAAGUAUUUUUUCUUGUUGUAUAGUGAGCCGGGGGUGGUGAGUUUGGAUGAGUGGGUGCUGAAUACUGAGGCGCAUGUUUUUAGGCGGCCGGGGUAG